GAGUAAAAAUCGAUAGAGUUAAUAGAUAGUAAUAUUAACGAAUCAAUACUUUAGUGCUUGUUUCUACAAAGUCACUUCAUUAGAUUAUUACACAACGUUAUUCGAUCAUGUUAAUAACACCAAUUUAUUAUUUAUCUAUAUUACUCUGUUUUGAAAAUAUAGUUAUACAAGGCUUGAGAUAUAAAGAAAGUAUAAACCAAACUGUUGAAUUACUAGAUAUCGAAAUACUGCAGCAUGACAAAUCACUUCCCAAAGAAACUGAAUCGAGCGAUGUGUUAUCGAAUUAUAACAUAGAUGGCAUCAAUACUAUGCCAAGUGCAAGAGUAUUAAUUAAGAACGAUGAAAUUAUUGACAACAAAAAAGGCAAUAAAAUAAACAUGACUGGUGAAAUGACCAAAUAUAACACCGAAAACGAAGGAAUAUCAAAUAAACUAACUACAAUUACUAAAAAUCGUCUAAAGUCAACAUCUGAAGCCAAUAGUAAUAAUUACAAUGGAACAGAAACUUAUCUAAUUAUUGAUGGUAGAAAUCAUUCUUAA